AUGUCAUUAUGGGUAGACAAAUAUAGACCCAAAACAUUAUCACAAUUAUCAUAUCAUGAAAAUAUUAGUCAAAAUUUAAAAGCAUUAUCAAAAUCAGGAGAUUUCCCACAUUUAUUAGUUUAUGGACCAAGUGGAGCUGGUAAAAAAACUAGAAUUUAUAGUACAUUACAAGAAAUAUUUGGAUCAUCAGUUGAAAAAUUAAAAAUUGAUGUUAAAAAUUUUGUUACUUCAUCAAAUCGUAAAUUAGAAUUUAAUGUAUUAAGUUCUCCAUAUCAUUUGGAAAUAACACCAUCAGAUAUGGGUAAUAAUGAUAGAGUUGUUAUACAAGAUUUAUUAAAAGAUGUUGCAUCUACUGAACAAGUUGAUUUUGGGAAUCAAAGUAGUAAAAAACAUAGAUUUAAAGUUGUUAUUAUAAAUGAAGCUGAUAGUUUAAGUAGAGAUGCUCAAGCUGCAUUAAGAAGAACUAUGGAAAAAUAUUCUUCAAAUAUUAGAUUAAUUUUGGUCUGUAAUUCCAUAUCAAAUAUAAUUGCUCCAAUAAAAUCAAGAACUUUAUUAGUUAGAAUUCCAAGUCCCACCAUCAACGAUAUAAGUAAUAUAUUAAAUCAAGUAGCUAAAAAAGAACACGUUAAAUUCACAUCAUCAUCAGAACAAGAUAUUUCACAAUUUUUUAAUCAAAUUGCAACAGUUAGUAAUAGAAAUUUAAGAAGAUCAUUAUUAGCUUUUGAAACAAUAUAUAUGCAAAAUGAAACAAUUGAUGUUAAAAAAAUUCAUAAUGUAAUAGUAUUAGAUUGGGAAACUAUAAUUAAUAGUAUGGCAAAAACUAUAACAAAUCAAAGAAAUGUUGCAACAUUAGCAAAAUUAAGAAGUACAAAUUAUGAAUUAUUAUCACAUUGUAUACCAGCAAGAACUAUAUUAAAGAAUUUAUUAUUUGAAUUGAUAAGAUUAAAUCAAAAAAAUGUAAAUUUGAUUCAAAAAAUUGUUCAAAUUGCUUCUGUGUUUGAUGAAAGAUUGAGUUUAGGUCAAAAAGCUAUAUUUCAUUUAGAAGGUUUUAUAGCUAAAGUAAUGGUUGCAAUUGAAAAUUAA